CAAACACUUUCUAGUGACUUUGGACUCUUGAUAACGGGAAUCGAAAGAUGCUGCCACUUGUUGUGAUUACUAGAGUGCAAUGAUAUGUGAUAAUGUCUAUGCCUUAUCUUUCCCCCCUGAAAACGCCGGCGGGAACGGGCCGCAUGAAAGCGUGAUGCCGUCGAUUAUUUACAAGACUACCUAAUGUGCGCCUUCUGAACUCUCCAUUAUACCAGCUUGACUCGAACACUUCUUGUUUCAUACACUGUAUUAAUCUGCACCUCUCAUUGCUACUACUGCUUCAAAAGAUAAAACCUGCAACUUCUUCUCCCAAGAACUUCAAUCAUCCUCAAACCAAAAUGCCCACCCAAUCCGGCUUCAGGUCUCUUGAUGUCGGAGUAAUAGGAGGAGGUAUCGGAGGAUUGAGUGUUGCUAUCGCCCUACGUCGUGCCGGGCACCAAGUCACAAUAUAUGAACGUGCAGAUUACGCUGGCGAGGUUGGCGCAUCGGUAUCUUGCGCGGCUAACGGCACAAAAUGGUUACAUGAAUGGGAUGUCCCAGUCGAAAAGGGAGAUCCUGUUAUCUUGAAGAAGCUAAUUCGACAUGAUUGGAAAACUGGAGAGCCUGAUUCUGUUUAUGACCUCGAUGAUUAUGAGGAGAAAUGGGGACAUGUAAGUUCUGUAAACAAACAAGCCACAAAUAUUCUAGGUAGAUAGAUUUAAUGUGGUCGCGUAGGUUUACAAUAUGUUCCAUCGGCAAUAUAUGCACGCCAUGCUUAUGGAUAGUGCUGUAGCUGAACCAGAAAAGCCAGGUGUACCUGUUAAGUUACUUGUAAACCACAAGGUAAGCAAACCCAAGCAGAUUUUAAGGUAAGUGCGAGGGUUGGCAACUGACUUUUGUGGUAGUGCUCUGGGCUUGACGUCGAAUCUGGAACAAUCACUUUUGAAAAUGGCAAUACUGCAGUUCAUGAUGUAGUAAUCGGAGCUGAUGGCAUCGGAUCUGCGAUCCGUUCUCUUAUCGGCAUCAAAGUUGAGAGGAAAGCAGCCGAUGCUAGUUGUCUCCAUGCAAAUGUAGACACCGAAGAGGCGAUUAAGCUUGGCUUGGUCGAUUAUUCAAAAAACGAUGCGCUCGAAUACUGGGGCGGUCUUAAUACUCAUUAUAAGGUUGUUCUAUCACCUUGCAACGGUGGUAAAUUGCUCUCUUACUAUUGUUUCUUCCCAAGAGAAAAGGGUGAUUAUUCGAAUCAGACAUGGGGCGCCAAGGGAACCGUAGAAGAGCUACUUGCCCCCUUCCCUGAUCUAGAUCCUCAGGUCUACAAGCACUUGUCAAUAGGGAAGGAUAUCGCUCCUUGGAGAUUAUGGAUUCAUGAACCUUAUCCAUACUGGCAAAAGGGCACUGCUUGUGUCAUAGGGGAUGCAGCUCAUCCGGUAAGCGAAAUUCCAGCUAGGACCGUAUCAUUUGAAUUAAUUCAUAUUGCAGAUGAUGCCUGAUCAAAGUCAAGGAGCGUGUAUGGCGAUUGAGGAUGCUGCAGCUCUAGGCAUUAUUUUCGGCGAGAAACACUUCAACGGCGAUGUACAAGAGGCUUUGAGAGUCUAUGAACAGGUCAGAAAGCCCCGUGCAACUCGCGUCCAAGCCGCUGCUGCUAAAGCACGGGAGAACAUUAAUGAACGCAUUGGUAAGACGCCCCGCCGUCAAUAUGUUUUUAUCUGUGAAUCAACGACUAAAUCAAAUUAUUUUGAUUCUAGGGUUUUCAAGCAACACCAACUCAUCAGUCUACAAAGUUUCUGACGAAAGUGCAAAAUUGACAAUUGAAGAAAUGAAUGCGUAAGAAGCCCCAUUCCCUUGAUAUGACAAGAAUUGUGUUGACAUUGAGGUAGAUAUGACAUGCAUGAUGAUGUUUUGAAGCAUUACAUACAAAUUAGGGAACAGUAAUUGGUAUGUAUGCCGAACGAACAAAACUGGGACUUUUAAGAUAUUUGGGCGCAAGAGACAUUUCCAAGAAGGCGAUCUUGAUUCUUUUACCUAAUUUUAUUUUUGGACGGCCAACAUAUUUUUGCUGGCAUAGUUGGUUGGCUAGAUUUGUCAGUUGGUGGAUGAUCAAUACCUCAAACUCAUCAUUACUAGUAACAUCCUCACCCGAAUUUGGGACAAAGAUGUAUAUUUCUGCCAUCAUCCGAAAUCGCUUUCUUCAAAUUACAAAGGUGUAUUGCACACCUGAAAGAGGCAUAGCACUAGCUGUGCUCCAUAUUUUUGGGAGCAUUUGACAGACUUCUUCCAUCUCCCGAAGCUAGUAUUCACAUCGAAUGGAUUUCCCUUUGUGAGAAUAGUUUCCUCUGUACUCA